UCCUGAGCCCAGCAGAGUUCUAGAACUGUACCCAGCAUCCUUUUCGAGCUCAACAUGGAGGAACUGACGGUGGAGGUCCGUGGCUCCAAUGGAGCUUAUUAUAAGGGCUUUGUCAAAGACGUUCACGAUGACUCGCUCUCCGUUUCGUUUGAGAAUAACUGGCAGCCUGAAAGACAAGUUCCCUUCAGCGAUGUGCGGUUACCUCCUCCUGCUGACGGCAAGAAGGAGAUCAGCGAGGGAGAGGAAGUGGAGAUUCUGUCGCGAGCGAACGAGCAGGAGCCCUGCGGCUGGUGGCUGGCCAAAGUGCGCAUGAUGAAAGGAGCCUUCUACGUUAUCGAGUACGUGGCGUGUGACGCUACCUACAACGAGAUUGUGACGUUCGAGCGCCUCCGCCCGGUCAACCGCAGUAAAGCUGUGACGGAGAACACGUUCUUCAAGUGCAGCGUUCCUGUCCCAGAUGAUCUCAGAGCAGCAUGUGAGAACGAACAAGCCCACAAGGACUUCAAAAAGGCGGUCGGAGCCAUUCGGAUCGUUUACAGCCCGGAGCAAAGUGAACUGGUUGUGUUGUCCAUGAGUGAAGCCACUGUCAAGCGCGUCUCUCUGCUGAGUGACAUGCACUUACGCAGCAUCCGCACCAAACUCCUGCUCAUGUCCCGCAACCAGGAGGCCACCAAACAUCUGGAGAGUACGAAGCAGCUGGCCUCGGCGUUUCAGGAGGAGUUCACCGUGAGAGAGGACCUCAUGGGUCUGGCCAUCGGAAGCCAUGGCAGUAACAUUCAGCAGGCCCGAAAGGUGCCUGGAGUUACCGCCGUCGAGCUGGACGAGGACACGCGCACCUUCAGGGUGUACGGAGAGACUGCUGAGGCGGUACAGAAAGCAAGGAAUUAUCUGGAGUUUCUGGAAGAUGCAGUGCAGAUUCCUCGCAAUCUUGUUGGGAAGGUUAUUGGAAAAAGUGGCAAGGUUAUCCAGGAGAUUGUGGAUAAAUCUGGUGUAGUGAGAGUACGCAUCGUAGGAGACAACGACAACAAACUCCCACGACAGGAAGGAAUGGUGCCAUUUACAUUUGUUGGAACGAAGGAGAGCAUCAGCAAUGUUCAGGCCCUGCUGGAGUACCAUAUAUCUUAUCUGAACGAGGUGGAGCAGCUGCGGCUUGAGCGGCUGCAGAUUGACGAGCAGCUGCGUCAGAUCGGGAUGGGCUACAGGCCUGUCCCAAACCGCCCCAACGCUGAAGAGAGCAGCACCCACAUCAACCGCUCGUACUCCAGCAGGGGCCGUGGCCGCCGGGGGCCCGCACACAUGUCCGGCUACGGCACUAACUCCGAGCACUCGUACGCCUCGGAGACGGACUCGGAGCGCAGGGAGGAGCUGAGCGACUGGUCCAUGGCAGGAGAGGAGGCCGAGCACAUCCCCAGACAGCAGAGGGAGAGCCGGAGGAGACCGGGAGAGGGACGGGGACGCAGAGGACCUGGGGGCAGGGGACGCGGAUCAGGAAGAGGGCCGUCCGACUCCAUCAGCUCAGUCCUGAAGGAUCCAGAUGGAAACCCGUACAGUCUGCUGGACAACACCGAGACGGAUCAGACCGCAGACACAGAUGGCAGUGAGUCCCAGGUGAACCCCAGCCGUCGCAGGCGCUCUCGUCGCCGCCGCACAGAUGAAGACAGCACAGUCAUGGAUGGCAUGAGCGAGUCUGACAACGCCUCCCUCAGCGAGAACGGCCUCGAUGAUGCUGAAGCUAAACCCCAGCGGCACAAUCGUAGCCGCCGCCAUCUCCAGCCUCCUGAAGAGAGACAGCCGAGCACCGUUACUGUGGCUGACUACAUAUCACGAGCCGAAUCUGAGAGCAGACAGAGAAACGCGAGAGAUCUGAGGAAGAACAAAAACCACAUGGGUCAAGUGGAGCUCAUAUCGGAGCACAGCCCCGCUGAAGCCGUGAGCAACGGCCCCACCAAAGCAGACGAUCAGAGCAAAAUGCCGCGAGCUUCUGCUGAGAAGACACCCAAAGCCAAGCCAGCCGUCGUCAACGGAGUCUCCUAAUCCGUUCGCUUCAUUUCUCCAAACUCAUAACCUUUACAGUUUUACAAUAGUGCUUGUACAAGCUUGCCAAAGAUAGACGUACGGACUUCCACAUUCUCGAUUGCACUUUUCAGUUCCUUCACUAUGGAACAGAUAAUUACAAUGAAAAAAAUAAACUUACGUCACACCUGUAUUCCUGAUCGGAUGUUGUGCCUUCAGAGCAUAGUUUCAACAUUUUGUUGGCUGGCUAUAGAGCAAACAAACUGAAAAAAAAACACUUGUCUGAAUACAGAAAGAUUUGCAGACAUCCUUAGCUGCUUUUUGUUACGUUUUUAAUAUGCAACCACUUCUUCACGAGGGGUUAUGGGGAAACAAGGAGGUUUUGCACUGAAGUAAUUUCUUGACCUUUAGAAUAAUGUUAGUCUGGAAACUGGUCUGCUAACUGUCCAUUUUAAAUGCUGUAUGUACAACACUUCCUGAAUGAUUGCAUUGGGUUCAUCUUUUGACUGUUGGGUUGUUGUAAUGGUGGCAACCAAGACGGUUUUUUUUGGUUUAUUUAUUUUUAACUGUACAGUAUUUAAAGUUAACAACGCAGUGGUUUUUAACACUAAACUGCAUUGAACUUCUUAGCACACAGAUUACAAAUCUGGGCUACUGAAAGCUCAAUUUUCAGAUGUUUUGUUCUGUAAACUACGUUCUUUAGUCCUUGUUUUUUUUUUUAAGAUCAUUCUGGUUGUUUGAUGUGCAAUAUGUUUUGUAUGCAGGUAGUUCAUAAAUAAACAUUUGAUCUUCCAGCCAAA